GAGGGGGAGCAAACUCCACCCAGCAGCAGAUCAGGAUCUCGGGCAGGCGGAGCGGGCAGCAGCUUGCGGUCGGGACGCUUCAUAAGUCCCGCAGAAAACUUCAGAGGGGGCAAAGUCCAGAGACAAGAGUGUGGAAGUUAAUGUGUGAGAGCAACAAAACCACAUGUCUUUUUAAGAAAGAAAUGGCGGUGGUAAUAACAAGGGGAGUUUCAGGUGCCUGCGGAGUCCAAAAAAGUGGAUUUCUUGAGGUUUUGGUUCGGGAGCGGUGGCACAAAGUUUGGGUCAACUUAAACGAGGAAGCGCUCACGUUGAGCUGCGAGGAGAGCUGCGUCAACUCCAACGGGGUUGUCAACGGGUCUUACCUGGAUAACAACAACGCCAACUCCAACAACGCGUCCACGGACCUCCCGGAGCGAGUCCCGGAGGCGGUCGCGAACAGAAAACGGUGCGUUAAGGUGACCAAGCAGGACGUCGGAGGACUUGGGAUCAGCAUCAAAGGGGAGGAGAAUAAAAUGCCCAUUCUCAUCAGUAAGAUAUUCAAGGGACUCGCAGCGGACCAGACACAGGCUCUGUAUGUCGGGGAUGCGAUCCUGUCUGUGAACAGUGUGAACCUGCGGGAUGCGACCCAUGACGAGGCUGUGCAGGUUCUGAAACGGGCCGGGAAAGAGGUGACACUUGAAGUGAAGUACAUGCGGGAGGCCACACCGUAUGUCACAAAGGGCUCCCCUGUGUCAGAGAUCGGCUGGGAAACCCCCCCUCCUGAGUCUCCUCGUCUUGGCAGCCCUACCAUCACCUCCUCUUCCUCCUCCUUCUCCACAUUUGACCCUCCGAGCUCUCCUACCCUGCCCUCCCUGUCUCUGCAGGGCGACAGGAGGUGCAUACCGCUCAAGAUGUGUUGUGUAACCCGAGCCAUGACCACACCAGACCCUGAGAACAGACAACUGGAGCUGCACUCCCCUGACGCCAGGCACACCGUGGUGCUGCGGUGCCCAGACCAACCGUCUGCCCUUUCCUGGUUUUCUGCCAUGCACUCUGUCACAUCCACACUGGCACAGCGGGCGCUGGCAGAGGUCAUCCAGAGCACAGCCAGGACGGGGGUAGCUGGCAGCAAAGAGAUACGACACCUGGGAUGGCUGGCAGGGAAGACAGAGAGUGAAAAGCAAUGCUGGAAGCCGGUGCUGAUGGUGGUGACAGAGAAAGACCUACUGCUGUAUGAAAGUGUACCACGAGGAAAGGAGGCAUGGCAGAGUCCUGCACACACUUAUCCACUUUUAGCAACUCGCCUGGUCCACUCUGGCCCUGACCGGGGGUCGCCUCACUCUGGCACAGAGCUGUUCUUUGCCACUCGGACUGGCACACGACUCGGCAUCGAGACUCACCUGUUCCGGGCAGAGACCACCAAGGAUCUGUCCAUGUGGACCAGACACAUAGUCAACGGAUGUCACGCCUCAGCUGAGAUGAUUAAAGAAGUCACGACAAGUUGUCUAUACCAGAGUCAGGAGUGCCGGCUUGUGAUUCACUACGAACAGGGCUUCUCUGUGCUGGCUGACCCCAAACUGGGAGACGGGGAAAAUGGGGAGGAGAGAGGAGCUCACACACCUACCAGGCCCCGGGUGCUCCUGUCCUACCCCUACGAAAAACUAAAGAUGUCCUCGGAUGACGGAGUUCGCAUGCUCUUCCUUGACUUUGGAGGGAAGGAGGGGGAGAUUCAACUGGACCUCCACUCGUGUCCGAAGCCCAUCGUCUUUAUCCUCCACUCCUUCCUCUCUGCUAAGAUCUACCGUCUGGGUCUGGUGGCCUGACCUCUCUAAAGGGACAUUUUGUCUCUUUUAAAAACAGAAAUCCACCUUGUUUCUCCUCCUCUCUGAAGCCCGCAUGAAGCAGUACACCACGUCAAAAACUCCAUCAGUCGGGGACCCAAGCUGAGUUGAAUGUAGCCUCUAGCUGGAAAAUGACCUCAAACUCCAAGCUAAUGAAACACUGGAGAAAACCAACCCAGGUUGGUUUUGCUUAGAGUGAAACGGAAUUUUCUUUGGGACAAACCCUCCUUUACUGGCUGCUGGACUGAAUUGUGACUGAAGAACCACAGAAGAAAAACAUGGACUGGACUAUAAGUAGAGGGAUGAUAUAUACAGACAGAUGGACAAAGAUUGGGCAUUACUGUCACGUCCAGGAUUGGAGGGACUGGACACAUGCAGCACAAUUGAGAUGAAUUCACUUUUAAUUCAAUCAAAAUGUAAUAGCAAACUGCCUUCCAUUUACCAAUUAUAUCAUUUAUUCCCCAUUAGCUCUGAAAAGACAUUCUGAGCUUCACUCUGUCAUUUUUCUUCACCAAACACUUGACACGCUGUGGAAAAACUUUAUGCAUUUGUCUUUGUUAGCGUCCCCUGAAUUGUCUUGUUAGCGGUGUCAGCAUUCAUCAUUGAAACUGGCUGGCACAGUCGCCCGCACAGUCUUCACCAAUUUGACAGCUGACUCAAAAUGUCACUGUAUUCCUAUGAGAUGUUGUAUACUGUGACCAUCAGGUAGUUUCAGUGUUUGACUGAUUUAUCAGAAGUCAGUUCUAAAGUUUUUAAUGAUAGAAAAAAUACUCGGCUCUAAUUAACAUGAAUUAUAAUAUACACAAGCAUUCCGUUUUCUUUUUUUCAUCCCAUUUAAAUUAUAUGUGUUCUUUAUCACUCAGAAAGAGCGUAAUAGCUUGCUUUGGUAUGGUGAUGCAUCCAAAUUCCGUUUCAACAGAGAUCCUAGUAUUACAAAUGCCUGGAAGUUCAUGAUAAGAAUAAAGAUGCAUAUCUUUAAUUUAUCCCUAAUAGUUCCAUUACCAAACAAUGAGGAAAUGUGCAGAAUCAUUUUUGACCAGAUACUUUAAGGCAAUAGUUUAAUCUUUUAGGGUUAUAUGCUUUUUCACUUUCUCACAAAGAGUUUGAUGAGAUGCACAGCCAGUUGCCACUUAGCUUAGCUUUGCUUCAUGACUCGCAACUGUGGAAAACAGCUAGCUAGAUAAGCUAGUUAAUCAGAGAGCUUUAGAGGUGCUAGUAGGUGGAUUUUCUAUCUGUACCUUUGGACAGGCUAGCUGUUUCCUGUAUGCUAAGCUAUCCAGCUACUGGUUAUGGCCUUAUAUUUAAGGAUAUUUAUCUUUGAUCUAUUUCCCAAAACGUUGAACUAUUCCUCAAAGGGUCUGCAGUCUCACUCCUUCCUCAUUUAUUUCAGAGUGGAUAGAGAACUUUUCAUGAUUGAUGAAUUAGAAAUGGAAAUUCUGUGAUAGUCUCUGAGGAAAAGACCCUCUUUUUAACUGACUAAAGCCAACAUUUGCCAUGAGUACUUCUAAUAUUAAUUUUUUGAAAACUGAAACUCAAUCAAACGGUGCCACAAUCGACCCAUCAAGUAUUAUUUGUCUUUAAAUAUACCAAUCUUAACAUGAUAGGAGUCUUCAGUCCUGCUUUAGUCCUGGAGCAGCCAGUGCAGGAUACUACUUUUGAUUUUAUGCUGCAGAUCAAAUCUAUACACUGCACUGUCUCUUACAUAGUAGGCUGCUGGGUCUUUCCUCGUGCCUUGAGAUGACAAAGAGGAAGACAUUUAAAUUUUGACAGCAAGUAAUCAAUAUCACAGGAUGGCACAAGAAUAUGACUUCUAUUAUGGCUACUUUUCUUUUGUUUAUGAGUACAGAAAUGCUCAACUAGCAUAUUUUUUCUGUUUGCUCUCUUGUUCAAAUCACACGUUUCCAAUGACCAUGUACACACACACUCACACUGUGAAGUAUGAUUUACACUCUCUAGAAGAAACAUCAUCUUUUUUUGUUGAUACUAAAAUCAUUGUAACACUUUUGUUCAGCCAAGAAGCCAGCACUUAGUGCUAACCUUGAGUGAAAAGAAGCUCUUUGAGUGAAGGUUGCUUUGAUAUGUAGAAUACUCUUAUGCCUUUGGCAGCUACUGUACUGUCACUCAGAAUGACAAAGCCUAGUUUUUAACUCAAACGGUGCACAUAAAUCAUGUAUUUAACAAAAGCGUCAUGAUGAGUUUGUUUUUAUUGUCUUCACUUGUUGUUUUAUUCAUUUCUCAUCAACAGCAAAUACAAAUCAAGAGAACAA